AUGGCGACGCAGUGGGUGUUGGGCAAAGUGUCCGAAGCACUCGCUCCGACCGUUUCGGGCACCGUGGCCACCGCCGGUGCUUUUGCAGGAGGUGCGGUGAACGCCGUGGGAAACAGCAUCAACGGAGUAGGUGAAGGGAUCAACAGGUCAAUCAGACAUUAUGGAGAUGGAGCAAAGGAUUAUGGCAAUGCCAUCAUGGACUGGACGGCAGCUGAUGGGGUCCGGGCGGUGACGGCAAACAAUCCCUUGGGGUUGAGUGCCGGUAAGACGGGUGGUAGGCGAACGGUGACACAUCCCACCAUGUACACACCUCCCAAGCCAUCGCCGUCGAGGACGUUGAUGACGACAAGCAAGUCCGUCCAACCUCAGAAGAGGAUCGAGGCCGGUACUCCCAGAAAGGCUCUUCCUGCCCCCGGUCCAAAGCCAGUUGGCGCAAAGAAGGCUGCCACCACCAACGGUGCCGGGCCGGUGAAGAAGGCCGGUGUCUCUGCGCCGCCACCGUCGACCAACAAAACGUCGACAGCACCGAACCCAGGUGCGUUGAGGAAGAAGCCUGGUGAGAAUACCACGUCGAACCCGACAGCGAAGAAGACCAAUAAUGGAGCAGCCAGGAAGCCUGUGUCGGUGCAGAAGUCGACUCCUGUCAAGCCCAGUCCUGCGAAGAAGAGUAAUGCACCAAGUACCAAUUACGUGGCUGCUGCCAAUCCUUUGGGGUUGAAGUUUUGA